CAGUACGCGCCUUACGCAUAUCACUGCAAAUGAGUCACACAGUACGCGCCCUACGCAUGUUUACAAUUGUACUUCCUUUUCCUGAGCGCCGCCCCAUAAUUUCCGUUCCCAGAGUGCCUCGCGUUGAAUCAUGGACCAUAAUGAUAAUGAUCUACAAGGCACUAACAGUAUGGGGUCCAUGAGUGGCUUGGAUGUCCGUCGGCGAAUACCUAUAAAGCUAAUUUCAAAGCAACCAAACAAAAGUAAACCGUCUCCUCGGCCCCAAAGAAACAUGAACCGAAUCCCAACAAAGCCUCAGCCAGGUGAAGAAGAAGGUUUUAAUUAUAAUGAAGAGGAGAGGUAUGAAAAUAAAGGAGGUGACAUGUUUAAUAGUCAGAGGAGAUUUCCUGCUCACCUAUUUUGGGACUUUAAGCUUAAUCUCAUUGGAGAAAAAGAAGACACCCCUGUUCAUUUUUGUGACAAAUGUGGCCUGCCUAUUAAAAUCUAUGGACGCAUGAUUCCUUGUAAGCAUGUUUUCUGCUAUGACUGUGCUUUAAUGCAUGAGAAAAAGGCAGAUAAACUGUGCCCAGGAACACUUGUUGAAGAAAGUACUGACACCUUCAAACGUAUGAGCUGUAAUGAUCCAGUUCAACGCAUUGAGCAGUGUGCACGUGGCUCUCUCUUCAUGUGUAGCAUUGUGCAAGGUUGCAAGAGAACAUAUUUAUCUCAAAGAGAUCUGCAGGCACACAUUAAUCACCGUCACAUGAGAGCUACCAAGCCAACUGCCCGACCUCAGCCUGAGCCAAUCCAUCCUACUUUGGGCCCACCCCCAGCAGAAAUCCCAGAUCGCUUUAUAAUGCCCCCAGAUAAGCACCAUCUGAAUCAUAUGCCACCAAAACAACAUAUAUUGAUGCCACCACCCCCCAUGCAGCAUGUUCCUCAUGAGCAUUUCAGUCAACAACAUGAUGAUAUUCGGCCCUCUCAGGCAGAAAUUUCCUUAGCCCCCCCUCCACCCCGCUCUGUUAAUCAGGAUGCUUUCAGAAUAUCUACUAGACAGCAUAGCAACUUAAUCACAGUCCCUAUUCAGGAUGAUUCCAAUUCUGGGGUCAGAGAAACUCCUCAGGCACCUGGUCCUUCUCUACAUCAUCCAGAGUAUCCAGGCCAACCAGUGGUGGCUCAUCCCCACCAUAUCAUGCCUCCACAGCAACAUUAUGCGCCACCUCCUCCACCACCACCUCCAAUCAGUCAUCCAAUGCAACACCCUCCUCAGGCAGCUGGGACACCUCACAUGGUUUACAGCCAAGGUCCUCCACCACCAAUGACAACUGUUCCACCACCAAUCACACCCCCACCUGGACAUAUAAUUGCUCAAAUCCCACCAUACAUGAAUCAUCCUCCUCCAGGACCUCCACCACCACAACAUGGUGGUCCACCAGUUAAUGCUCCUCCUCCCCAUCAUUAUAAUCCUAGCUCUUUGCCACAGUUCAAUGAAGAUCAAGGAACUCUAAGCCCUCCCUUUACACAACCUGGGGGAAUGAGCCCUGGGAUGUGGCCCGCUCCAAGAGGGCCUCUGCCACCUCCCCGAAUGCAAGGGCCUCCUUCUCAAGCCCCUAUUCCAGGACCUCAUCAUCCAGAUCAGGCCAGAUACAGGCCAUAUUACCAAUGAUGUACAUAUUCUGAACUUGCUAGAUGUAUUUUGUUGCUUCAGAUGCAGGUUAAUAGUAAUGUGUAUACUGUUUCUUUCAGUUGUUGCUUUCCCUUCUUUGGAAGUGUGAAAAUAAAACACAAUUUCAGCUGGACUGCAUAUUCUGAAAACUUUGACUUUAAUAAUCAUACAGUCAGAUUUGUGUUUUCUAGAUUUUGACAAACCAUGAGUUUGCCAUUAAAACUUUAAUCUUCUGAAUUUUAUAGCAGUACCAAGUGUCUCUUCCUAACGAUAUGUUACACCCAAUGGUAAGAUCAGGGUAGUUUUGUUUUGAAAUGUAAUAUAAAUUUAAGUAUAGAUGUACAGUUGUAGUUUCCCUGAGUUGUAAAAUAUAACAAAGUAACAACUGCUGUAUCACAUUCUGGAAUUUUAAUAGCCAGUAAAAUACUCAAUUUCUAAGAUUAAAUGGUUUGCCUUAUUAAUAAAAAUAUCUUCAUACUCUUGUUUAUUUAAAUUGAUUAGAAAGUAGGCUGUUUCUCAGCCAGCUGGUAUCUGCUUGAAAUGUUAGUUUGUAAAUACGCUCUGUCUCAGGCAAUGGAAAUCAAGCCAAUGUUGUUAAUAUUGGUGGCUCUUAGGGUAAUUACACAACAGCAGUGUUUGUUUCACAUUCCUUCUGAAUGUGGAUGAAAUGUGUAACCUUUUGUCACCCCUAUAUUGGAAAGAGAAAUCUGUGUUGCUGAAAUGCAAUAAAUCUAUUGUGUGACAUUA